AUGACAUUCAAGGUUUUUAAUCAUGAAGUGAAGUUUACACGUGAAGCGUUCCAGAUAAUUACUGGGUUGAAAUGUUCUUCUUCAGUGGACUUCAAAAUUUUACGUGAAAGAGAGAAUAGGAUUUCGAAAGUCUACUUCCCAGGAAAGGAUAGAAUCGAGUUAGGCAAUUUGUGGCAUUUUAUUACUAGUCACCCAUAUGGUACAACUGCAUCAUUUGUAGGCAGCCAUAACGAUACGGUGAAGUUGGCAACAAUUUAUUUUUUUGAAUAUGUGUUGAUGGGGAAGUGCAAGAAUCGGAAUGUGUCUGAGCGGGUAAUGAAAAUCGUAGAUGACGAUGAACUCUGCUCUUCUUUCAAUUGCGGCUCUCUUUGUUAUGAAAAGUUACUAAAAUCAUUGAAGAGCUGCUUGAAGCCCAAACAAAAUACUUCAGACAAUGAGAAUGAGAAUGAGAAAGAGAAAGAGAAAGAUAAAGAGAAGGACAGUUAUAUUAUACUUGGCUUCCCUUUCGCCUUCCGUGUUUGGAUUAUGGAAGAAUUCCCAAUUUUUCAAGAAAAAUAA